AGCCAGUCUUACCCCUGCUAUUUGUACCCGCCUUACCGCGCCCCCUAACCCUAGGCCCUCAAUUCCACUCUGCCCGAGCAAGCCGAAUUGUCGUCCGAAUUCGCUCGCGGGGAGCACUUGCUACCUCGCGCCCGCCUUCUGUCGCGCGGAUUCGUUGCUGCGCCUGGAGAUGGACCCGAUGGACAUCGUCGGCAAGUCCAAGGAGGACGUCUCCCUCCCCAAAUAGUUGUUUAAAAUCUUCUACUGCUGAUUGAACUUUCUGCUUUGCACUUUAGCAACAAUGUUUAAGAUAAUUAAGGAGAUGCUUCCUCCUGAUGUACGAGUGGCAAGAGAUGCACAGGAUCUUCUUGUUGAAUGCUGUGUAGAGUUCAUCAAUCUCCUUUCGUCUGAAUCGAAUGAAGUGUGCAGCAGAGAAGAGAAAAAAACGAUUGCUCCUGAGCAUGUUAUCAAGGCUCUAAGUGAUCUUGGCUUCAGAGAGUACAUUGAGGAGGUUUAUGCUGCAUAUGAACAGCACAAACUUGAUACUUUGGAUUCUCCAAAAGCUGGCAAAUUCACUGGGAUUGAGAUGACAGAGGAAGAAGCUGUUGCUGAGCAACAAAGGAUGUUUGCUGAGGCUCGAGCAAGGAUGAAUAAUGGAGCCCCCAAACCAAAGGAGACAGAACAAGAGCCGCCACAGCAACCACAAGCACAACCCCAACUUCAGCUGCAUACUGAACCACAGCAACCCGUGCAAUCUCAAGUGCAGUUGCAUUCGCCAACACAGCAUUCCCUCCAACCUCAAGUGCAGCUGCACCCCCAGCCACAACAGCUCCCACAAGUGCAGGUGCACUCUCAGACGCAGCUGCACCCUCAGCCACAGCAGCCCCAAGUGCAGGUCCAUCCGCAGCUGCAGCAACUCCCACAAUUACAGGCCCACUCGCAGCCACCGCAACCCCAAGUGCAAAUCCACCCACAGCCGCAGCAGCCCCCACAAGUGCAGUUGCAGUCAUCAGUCCAGCAGACCUCCCAACCCCAACCUCAGGUACAUCUCUACAAUCACAGGGGGGGCUCACAAGCGCAGCUGCAGCCCCAACUGCCAGGUCAGCUGCAGACACAGGGGCAAACCGGACCUGGCAUUGACAGUUAGAGACUACUGCUGGCAUAUACUAGGAACCUGUAUGCUUGCUUGUGACUCGUUAGAUCCUGAUUUAGGUUUCUGUGCUUCCUGUACAAUGUAAAUCCAGUGUGAUUGCAGUUGCCUUGUUGCUAAUAAUGUGAAACCGUUAGUUACUGAUGAUGUCCUUACUGUGUCGAAUACUGAAUGUCAUGGCGUGGCUUAUGUGCCAUGCUGAAUGAUGUUCUGUGGUCAUUGUAAUAGCCUAACUUGACAUCUGUCCAUGAUGAUAGUGAUUGAUUUGAAUGAGCUCUUGGUGCA